AUGACCCUGACUUCCUUGACGUUCCCAUCUAACUCCCUGCAUCUCUCCCCCACAUCCAAAUUCGUCAUCUUUUCUUCACCAAAUCAUGCUCUCACUCCACACGCAUGUCCACUUCCAAGAACCAGACCCGUUUCCAUGUGCGUUCCAACCCGACACAGAAACAAUCUGGGCCCGAAAAAGACCCCUAAAAAGAAUUCUUCAUCUUCCGAAGCGGAGGAGCUGGUUCGUUCAGUCUUGAGAAAUUUCAGAGAGAAAAAACCAUUGGUGACUACUCUGGAUAAGUAUGCCAAGUUUUUGAGAACUGAACAUUGUUUCAUGCUCUUUGAAGAGCUUGGGAAGAAUGAUAAAUGGCUGCAAUGCCUUGAGGUGUUCAGAUGGAUGCAAAAACAACGGUGGUACAUAGCGGAUAAUGGGGUAUAUUCUAAGUUGAUAUCAGUUAUGGGAAAAAAGGGCCAAACUCGGAUGGCCAUGUGGCUUUUUUCUGAGAUGCGUAAUAGUGGUUGUAGGCCUGAUACGUCAGUCUACAAUGCACUGAUCACUGCCCACCUUCACUCCCGGGAUAAAUCCAAGGCGUUGGCCAAGGCUCUGGGGUACUUCGACAAGAUGAAGGGAAUGGAGCGUUGUAAACCCAGUGUUGUGACAUAUAACAUUCUUUUGCGAGCUUUUGCUCAGGCAAAAAAUGUUGAUCAGGUUAAUGUUUUGUUUAAAGAUCUGAAUGAGAGCAUUGUGACCCCAGAUAUCUACACAUUUAACGGUGUGAUGGAUGCCUAUGGAAAAAAUGGGAUGAUAAGGGAAAUGGAGUCUGUGCUUUCUAUUAUGAAGAGCAAUCAGUUGAAGCCAGACAUCAUCACAUUUAAUUUAUUGAUUGAUUCCUAUGGGAGGAAGCAGGAAUUUGAAAAGAUGGAACAAGUUUUCAAGAGCUUGCUGCGUUCCAAGCACAAACCAACACUUCCUACAUUCAAUUCUAUGAUCACAAACUAUGGAAAAGCACGUCUCAGGGAGAAAGCGGAGUUAGCUUUCCAGAAAAUGAUUGAUAUGGGAUACAAACCAAACUUCAUCACAUAUGAGUGUCUUAUUACGAUGUAUGGCUACUGUGACUAUGUUUCACGGGCAAGAGAGAUAUUUCAGCAGGUGGUUGAAUCUGAGGAGAAAAAGGUCUCGACAUUGAAUGCGAUGCUUGAUGUCUAUUGCAUGAAUGGCUUGCCUAUGGAAGCCGACAUGCUUUUUGAGAGUGCACAUACUUCAAGACUGUUUCCCAUCGAUUCCUCCACUUAUAAACUUCUUUACAAAGCCUAUACUAAAGCUGACAUGAAGGAACCACUACAGAAAUUGUUGACCUGUAUGGACAGAGAUGGCAUUAUCCCAAACAAAAGGUUUUUCCUCGAUGCUUUGGGUGCCAUUGGGUCUUCACGUGAAAACCAAAAGUCAAAUAGAAAGACAGAUGGUUCAAGCAGACAGACAGACCAUGCAAAGGCAUAG